AUGGCGUGCGCCGCAUGGCGCCCAAAGACCGAAGCCCUUUCCAACCCCGAGGACGCGAAAUCGGACCAAGUGCUCAUGAUACAUACACCAUGGACCGUGACUUGGGAUGCAUCUGAUACUGCGACCUUGACGCCAAAGCUACCGACAUUGGCGAGCCCAAUGAUAGUACCGACGUGGACAACUGGUCAGACGAUCCCGGAUGGAGUUUAUGACUACAAACCGCCAAGACUUGAGAGUAUGCCUGACCCUACAAAAGACAGUCUUUUCAUGUUCCUAUUGAAAGAAGAGGCGGCAGAGAAAGGUUGUGAUUGUCGCGGCAACGCCCGCCGCACCUACUUCGCCACCUAA